CGUAGCUUCGCAAAGAAGACGAGUAGGCUAUUGACAAUUUCGUACAGAUUUUAUUUAUUUAUUUUAAGAAGAUUUAAGAUUAGACCGGAAAUGUCGUUUAAGUGGAACAAUGGUUUACCUUUUUUACCGGGGUACACAUUUCAUGAUGUAGGGAAGUCUGCCUUCCAUCGGCCCCAGACAUUGAUCUGUAAGAAUGGCUGCACCCUGGCUCAGCGGCCUUCUGUGGGUAUUGGCCAGGAUCCACUUUUAUCAGAGCAGCUACGUCAGCAGGAGAUCAGUGAGCUGUCCCUUGAGGAACUAAAAAUGACAUAUGGCCCUUCUGAACACACAGUUUAUAAAGAAUUUGUGCCAGCUCAUGUGGCCCUUGACAAGAAGGUACUUCGCUUUUAUGCAUACUUCAUGGAAAAUAUAUUGUUUUCCCCUGAAGAGGAGAACCGCGUGCGCUUUGUAGUCAUUUACUACUACCUUGAGGAUGAUAGCAUGUCCAUCGUUGAGCUUUUGGUGGAGAACUCUGGGAUAAUCCAGGGGAACCGACUCAAACGUCAUCGUCUGCCAAAGAAUAAAUGUGGAGAUCAUUAUCGCUGGAGAGACCUCAACCUGGGUUUAGACAUGGAGGUUUAUGGGUUCAAGUACCACAUCACACAUUGUGAUGCUUUCACAAAGGAAUUUAUGGAAAGCAACGGCAUCGUUCUGAAUGAUCCAGAGCCAGUGCCAGAGGACUUUUACACCAAAUCUCACAAAAAUCCAGCUCCUUGCUACAGUCCUCCCUCCAGCUUUGACCAGAAGCACAGGUUUCUUACUAUGGACGGCAAGGUUCUUCGUUUCUAUGCCUUCUGGGACAAUUCAGACCCUCAGUUCAAAAAUGCCUUGAAGGUUGUCAUCCUCUAUUACCUGGUGGAUGACACAGUGGAGAUCAGAGAGGUCCAUGAACCCAACAGUGGCCGAGAUCCCUUCCCUAUUAUGAUGGGCAGACUGAGGAUACCUAAGAAACUCAAAUCAGAGACUUUUCCGAGCUGUCUGAUGGAAAUGUCCAAAGAAGAUGUAGAUGAGUACUUCUCCCUGAAAGACUUCCAGCUAGGUCAAACAAUAAAGCUAAUGGGCCAUUGCUUCCUGCUGAAUGACUGUGAUGACUUCACAAAAAAAUAUUACCAGGAGAACUACCCAGACAUGAAUCUAGAGCUACCAAAGAAGGUGGUUGAGGUGAUUCAAGAGAAGAAGGAGAUUCCGCCCUACAAUGGAUUUGGUUCUCUCGAAGACUCUCUCCAGAAUUGCCUUUCUCUGAUUCCUAAGCGCCCCCGAAAGAAUGUGUUGAAGAUGUUUGAGAAUGACAACAAAGUGUUGCGCUACCUCGCAAGACUGGACUCCCCACACCCUGAAGAUGAGUGCCGGCUGUUUGUACUGUACUAUUUCCUUUCCAAUGACAUGAUCAGUAUUUCUGAAAAGACUCAUGGAAAACACUCUGCUAGCAUCGGAAGAAAGUUCUUGGAAAAGAUUCGUGUUCCUAAACCAGGCUCUUCUGUGGAAAAUCCAGAGUUCUACUCACCUGCAGACUUUGCUAUUGGAGCCACUGUGGAAGUUUUCAGCCACCGUUUUGUGCUGAUCGAUGCAGACCACUAUGUGCUUAAAUACCUGGAGUCCAUCUCAAGCCAAAUCCCUACUCAUACACUCGAGUCUUUGCGACAGAAGCUUGGCGUGGAGGUGACAGAAAAUCUGCCAGGUCAACAAAACGGUGAAGAAAAGGAAUAGUCUAAAUAACAAAAGGAAAUCCUGGAAUUUUGUUGCGCCAAGUCUUGAUUCUACAGCAAAUCAACCUUUACGAAAGUGUCUCAAACUGUGAAUUCUCUUCAAAUAAAAUGAGAUUGUGUUUGUGUGUGUAAAAUCUGUCAAAUAAAAGAAAUGCAA